CUAUUAGAAGAUGGAACUAGAAAUGUAAACAUUACAAACGAAGGCGGAGGGCUAUUUGAUUUUAAAAGUUAUUUGGGGGGGGGAAGAGCAAACAGCACGGAUGGACGACGCGCCUUCCAAAAGCGAUGCAGCCAGCGAGCAGACGGUGGCGGCGCAGGUUCCCUUCAGUCACCUGUGCACGACCUUAGAGAAGAUCCAAAAGGCCAAACUGCGUCCAGAGAAAUCCAAGAUCCUUGGGGAUUUCAUCGGGUCAUGGCGAAACUUCCACGCCGCCUUGCACAAAAACAACCCCCGAACCGCGGACUCCUUCUAUCCGGCCAUGCGCCUCAUCGUCCCGCCGUUUGAACGCGAGCGAAUGGCGUACGGCAUCAAGGAGAGCAUGCUGGCGAAGCUGUACAUUGACGUGUUGGGCCUGCCGAAGAACGGGCCGGAGGCCAACAAGCUGCUGAACUACCGCGCUCCGACCACGUCCCAGGGUGAAGCCGGAGACUUCGCCGGCAUGGCGUACUUCGUGCUGAAGAAACGAUGCACCAGCCAGGGAAACCUCAGCAUCAAAGAGGUCAACGACUUCCUGGACUCGGUGGCGCUGAACAACGCCAGCAAGAAGAAGGAUCUCAUGAGGAAGAGUCUGCUCCACCUCAUCACCCAGAGCUCCGCCCUGGAGCAGAAGUGGCUCAUCCGGAUGAUCCUGAAGGACAUGAAGCUCGGCAUCAGCAAGGAGACCGUGCUCCAGGCCUUCCACCCGGACGCCGCGGAGCUUUACAACGUCAACACAGACUUGAACAAGGUGUGCCAGCAGCUCCACAACCCUUCGGUGUCUUUGAGCGACGUCUCCAUCGGACUCUUCUCCGCUUUCAAGCCGAUGCUAGCCGCGGUGGCUAACAUUCGCAACGUGGAGAAACAGAUGGGCAACAGCCCCUUUUACAUCGAGACGAAGCUCGACGGCGAGCGCAUCCAGCUCCACAAGGAUGGGGACGUCUACAAGUACUUCAGCCGAAACGCCUUUGAGUACACGCAGCAGUUCGGAGGCUCGCCGCUGGAAGGUUCCCUGACGCCGUACAUCCACAACGUCUUCAAAAGCCACGUGGCGAACUGCAUCCUGGACGGCGAGAUGAUGGCGUACAACCCCACCACGGAGACCUUCAUGCAGAAGGGGAGCCGGUUCGACAUCAAGAAGCUGAUGGACGACUCGGAGCUGCAGACGUGCUUCUGCGUGUUCGACGUGCUGCUGGUCAACGACCAGAAGCUCGGCAAAGAGGCGCUGAGGAAGCGCCACGAGAUCCUCCAGACGGUUUUCACGCCCGCCAAGGGGCGGAUGCAUCUGGUUCCGAAGAGCGAAGCCAGAAGCGUGCAGGAGGUGGUGAGCGCGCUCAAUGACGCCAUCGACAGCCGGGAGGAGGGGAUCAUGGUGAAGGACCCGCUGUCCAUCUACAAACCGGACAAGCGCGGGGAAGGCUGGCUGAAGAUAAAGCCCGAGUACGUGGACAGCCUGAUGGACGAGCUGGACCUGCUGAUCGUCGGAGGUUACUGGGGGAAAGGGCGGCGGGGGGGUAUGAUGUCACACUUCUUGUGCGCCGUCGCCGAAGCUCCAAAGCCGGGCGAGAAGCCGUCGGUCUUCCACUCCCUGUGCCGCAUCGGAUCGGGUUACACCAUGAAAGAACUGUACGACCUGGGCCUCAAGCUGGCCAAACACUGGAAGGUGUACAGGAGGAGCGACCCGCCACCGUCCCUCCUGUGCAGCACCGAGAAACCCGAAGUCUACAUCGAGCCCUGCAACUCCAUCAUCGUCCAGGUGAAGGCGGCGGAGAUCAUCCCGAGCGACAUGUACAGGACCAACUGCACGCUGCGCUUCCCCAGGAUCGAGAAGAUCCGAGACGACAAGGAGUGGCACCAGUGCAUGACCCUGGCCGAGCUGGACCAGCUCCGCAGUAAGGCGUCCGGGAAGCUGGCCUCGCGCCACCUCCGCAUCGACGACGGCGACGACCAGCCGCAGAAGAAGAAGAAGCGCAAGCUGCCGACCAAAGCCAAGAAAGCGGUCAGCAUCCUCGACCACUUCAAGCCCCAAGAUCUGUCCGCCGUCUCCAAGGAGACGGAUAUGUUCGAGGACGUGGAGUUCUGCAUCCUCAACGGCACGGAGGACCACCCAAAAUGCGAGCUGGAGAAAGGCGUUGCCAGCUGUGGCGGGAUUGUGGUCCAAAACCCCGGGCGGGAGACCUACUGCGUGAUCGCCGGCGCGGAGAACAUGCGCGUGAAGAACCUGAUCUCCUCGGACCAGCACGACGUGGUGUGGGCCUCCUGGCUGCUGGAGUGUCUGGAGCGGAAGGAGGUGGCGCCGUGGCAGCCUCGCCACAUGAUCCACAUGUCCCCCACCACCAGGGAGCACUUCGCCAAGGAGUACGACCCCCACGGCGACAGCUACUUCCUGGACACAGACGGGCAGCAGCUGCGGGAGGUUUUCGGGCGCAUCGGCGACGCGGAGGUGGAGAUCAGUGUGGCCCAGGUGGAGGAGCGCUACGGCUUCAGCGACCUUCCGACCAGCAUGUUCAGACCCUUCACGGCGUACGCCGACGUGUUUGCCCGCGUCGGAGAGCCGGACACGCUCAUACCUGCCACCUGCCUGGAGAUCAGGGCGCUGGAGUUCCGUUUCCACGGAGGGCGCGUGGUGGAGAGGCUGGAGGAAGGAGUUUCCCACGUUCUGGUGGAAGAGGAGAGCCGACUUCUGGAGCUGAGGACUCUGAGGCGCUGCUUCAGGAGGAAGUUCAAGAUCGUCAAACACACGUGGGUCACCGACUCCAUCAAAAACGGCGUCCUGCUGGACGACAGAGAGUACUUAGUUUGAAACCAGAGAGUUUCACGUGUUCUCAUUACGAAUAAAUGCUGCUGAUUAUUUCAAAUAUUUCACUUUCACGGUUUUUACUUCAAAUCCUUUCUUUCACCAAAAGGUCCAUCCUGUUUUAUUUUUAUUGUUCUAAAUUUUUAUUGGAAAUUAUGAACAAUAAAGUUUUGAAGGUCAUUGUAACAAUUAUUACUCACAUUUUCCAGUUCUUAUACAAGUUGACUUAUAGAAAAAAAAAACAAAAGAAAUUAAAAAAAAAAAAGUUUUCCAUUUCAGCCCAAAAAAAGUUGUUUUUUUGAUCUCAGCAUAAAAAAAGUAAAAUAGUUUGUUUUAAUGCCUAACACGUUUUUUUUAAAUGAUUUACAGCAAACAUAUGUAUUAUACCCUUCCCCUUAAAUGUUUUUUAUUUAAAAAAAAAAAAAAAGAAGUAAUUGAAAAUGUUUUUUUUAUUUUCCAAAACUGCAUUUAUAAUAAUAAUGUGUUCUAUUUUUGUUAGAUUUUGAUAGGAAAUUUAAAGAAGAACGCCUAAAAUCAUCAGAUCAUCAUUUAUUAAACUAAAAAAGACGAGUU